AAUGUUAAUCCGAUUUCUUUCUCACUCUCUUCUUGUUUGUUGGACUUGUUUGUAGGAAACAUUUCUUGACCAAUAUUCAUCAUUGAAAAUCUUAUGGCUAAAUCAACAUUAUUUUUAAAUUCUUCAAUUCAGAAUUUGAUUCAAUCAACAACAACAACAACAAAUCAAUCACAACAACCUUAUCAUCAACAACAACAAAAAUCAUUAAAUUCAUCAUUUACCAUUUUGAAUAAUAAUGACAACAAUAAUAGUCAAAUUGAAACGGAAAAUUAUACUAAACAAACUAAUCUAACAACAUUGCCAAUCAUUGUUGAAGAUAAAAAUAUUUUUUCAAAAAACAUUGACAAUUUUUUUCAUUACAUGAAGGAUUUAUUCUUGUUUUCAACAUUGAAUGAUCAAAAUAAUCAUCAUCAUAAUGAUGAUGAUGAUGAUAUUGUUGGAAUAGCCAACAAUAAUGAUAAUGAUGAUGAAGAUUUUAUGGAAUUUUUCAAUACAGAUUCCAGUGGUUAUCAUCAUCAUAAUGUGGAAAGUGUUGAAAUCCUAUCAUCCGAAAAUUUGACAACAACAAUUUCAAGCAUUUUAAAUGAUUUAAAUUUUAAUGAAAAUUCAACAUCGAUCAAUUUAAAUUCAACAAUAUCAUCGACAAAAACAACAACAACAAUCAUGCCAACAACAACAAUAAUACCUCAUUAUCCACGUAAUCAUCUUGUUGAUGAUGAUAAUCAUCGAUCAUCAUCAUCAUCAUCAUCAACAAUGAUGACACCGAUACAGAAAUUAUUCGAUAUGAAUAGAAUAAUACGAACAUCGAAUGAUAAUCGAUCAAAUCUUUAUUCAACAACUACCAAUAUUAAUGUUGUCAACCUAGAUCAAAAUAGUCAUCAAAAUAAUAAUAAUCUUCUUCAUAGUCAAUCAUCUUCUAUUGAUAAUAUUAGUUUAACACCAUUUUUAACAUCGACAACAACAACAAUAGCAUCAAAUUUAACCGAAGAUUAUCAACGACCAAUUUUUUUUCAAACAUCAAGUACAACAAUGACAGAUAUUUUUGUUGAUAAUAUUCAACCCGAUGAUACAAAUAAUAUAUUUUCAUUUGCUCCCGGUGGUCGACAAUGUUUUCAUUCACCUGAAGAUUAUGAACUAAUUACAUCGAUGCUUUGCUCAAGUCUAUUGGUAUUGGGUGUUGUUUAUUUUACCUAUGGUUAUCGUUGUUUUCGUGCAUUUAGUUUUUUUGUUGGUUUUAUUCUUGGUGCCAUAUUAUUUCAUACAAUAUGUACAGCUGAAAAUAUAUCUAUUGUGCCAACAUUAAUUCCACAACAUGGUAAUCUAAUUGCAUCAUUAUUAGCCGGUCUUAUGAUUGGUUUGUUUACAAUGCUAGUCGCCUAUCUUGGUCUAUUCAUCAUCGGUAUACAUCUUGGCCUUAUGUUAGCCAUUGGUUUAUUAAUUGUGAUAUAUCUAUUACGAUCAUAUUAUAUUCCAUUACAAGCACCAUUAUCAUCAUUAACAUUAUUGGUAUUUUUUAUUUCAUUAAGUUUGGUUGGUUCAUUGACAACCGUAUAUUUUUCUAAAGGCGGUACAAUAAUGGCAUCCAGUAUGUAUGGAAGUGCAUUGGCAUUAUUAUGUAUCGAUUAUUUUCUUGAAGAUUUUAAAGUGAUACAUUGGUUUUUGGAUCAACUAAGUAGUAAUAGUAAUAAUUUUGUUGGAUCGUCGACAACAAACGAUAUUAUCAAUAAUAAUGGUUAUAAUAUAAUUGGAACAAAUCCAACAAAUGAUUGGUAUGGUUUAUUGUCCGGUAUAAAACGAUCACAAUCAUUAUGUUUUGGAUCAUUUAUCAUAUUAUUAUUAUGGCCAAUAUUUACAUUGAUUGGUAUUAUAAUACAAUGUUGUUGUACGGCACGUCAUUAUAAAUAUCAUAAUGGUUAUGGUAUGGUUGAUAAUACAAGUAAUGGUCGUUGUACACCAUCUAUUCUAAAUCAUUCACGUGAAAGUAUUCGUAGCCUAAAUCAUUAUCAUUAUCCAUAUCCAAAUGUAUCGGCAAAAUUAUAUCAUCAUUCUACAAAUAGUGUUCGUUCAAAUAAUGAUCGAUCAAUAAAAAAUUCAAUAAAUAUGAAUGCAACAAAUCUAGAUGAACAACGUCUUGAACAAAGGCAUCGUAAAUAUCGUUAUCUUUAUCAAGUACGAACAGCACAUGGUGAUGUUAUUUCACAGCAUUAUCUACAAAGUUUACAAAAUAAAAAACAAAAUCAUCAGCAACAACAACAACAACAACAACAACAAUUGUGCCUUCCGGAUCAGGAUAGUUUUACAUUCAAUUCCGAUCAAUCAUCACAUUUUUUUCCAUCCGAAAGUCGUACAACAACAUUAAGUGUAGCAUAGUGAA